AUGGACCUUCUGAAGCUCGGCGGUGAGGCCUGCACAGCGACGACCCGCGCUUGCUCUGACUGCAAGGAGCAGGAUGAGCUCCUGACCUCAGCAAUCGUGGAAAAGAUGGAGAUGGCCCACCUUGGAAGCCAGGAGUUGGAGGCGGAAAGCCCGGCUUCGACCAGCGCAGGCGCGCUCUUCCGGAGACUGCAGGUCCCGCCCGAGUUUGAAGGGGCGCAGAGGAGGGUCAUCCAGGCGGUGAGUGGUGACUACUCGCCAUCGUCUGCCAAGGAGCAGCAAGAGCAGCGGCGAUGCCUGAAGGUCUGCGUGCAAACCUUCACCCGGGCCUUGCUCCAAGGCAUCAACGUUUGUGUGCUUCUGGAUGAUAAUCGAACCCGGCUGGCGGAAGCCCGCCUGGAUUCGGACAUCACCCACCUCGUGCUGCACGUGCCGCAUGCGCAGCAUCCGGUGGCCCUGAAGUAUAUCGACAGCAUUUGCCCUCCAACUGCAACUUGGCCCACGCCGAGCUUUGGAGAGGAUGGAUGCCUGCAGUCGCGGGCCACUCUCACGAUGAGGGGCGGGCAGUUUCUGACCUUUGUCUUCGACAGCCCCACUGUCAGAGAAUACUUUGAGAUGUGCCUCAAGGUCCUCAUUAUCGCCAAAGGCGGAGAAAGGCCUGCUGAGGAUGCAGACAGCGGUGAAAUUCUGGGCGCUUCGCUCGACAGGGACAAGGUGGAAAUCUCCUCUUGCUGA